CACCCGGGAGCAAACAGCAGUAGCUGGAGUUUUCUUCGAAACCUCAGAUGUUGCCCGUUGAGGGCAUUGCCUCACCGGCUCUGUGUGUGUGUGACUGAAUAAUACUGGAAGAAUUCAGAGCUGCUGAUGUCAUGCCCGCGUUUCACAGACUUCUGACAGCUGAAGUGCGUACACAUCCGAGAGGAAGUGGGAGGCACUCUCUUCUCUGGGACAAAAAACUUGUUCCUGGUGUGGAAGAGUCUGUGUUACCCCCUUAGUCUGCCUCCGGGUUUCGAUGUGCCACCGGAUUGGAAGGAAGUAACCCAGCAACUCGUAAAGAGAUGCAACAAGCACAGGCAGUCUCCUGAAGUUAUAUGAAAACCCCACACCAAUCAUGACGGGGGUAUUAAAAAGAAAAUACGAUGAACUGGAAGACGACACCCCCUACUCCUCCUCUUCCUCCUGCUCCCCGUUCUCUUCCUGCUCCUCUUCAGCUUCUUCAGGCUGGGACUCGGACGAGGAAAACUCCCGAGGCGACGUUAAGCCCAGUAUGGCCUUAAACCCUAAUUUCACCCCGCUGUCCAUCCUGAAGAAGUGCAAGCGGCUGAAGCGCAACCAUGUGGAGUUCGACCGGGUCACGGUCUUCUACUUCCAGCGCUGCCAGGGCUUCACCAGUGUGCCUAGCCGCGGGGGCUGUACCCUGGGCAUGGUCACCAAGCACAGUUUCUCCCGGGAGUUCACGCUUGCCGAGUUCUCCAAGGAGCAGGCGAUGGUGCGGCGGGAGAAGCUCAAGGAGCGCUUGAAAGAGGAGAAGCUGGAAGCGCGGAAGUGGAAACUAACCAUGAAUGGUACGAAGGAGUCCGAGGAGGCCAACCAGCUGACCACGGAAGACAUCUCUGAUGACGACAUCGAUGUCAGCAGCAUGGAGGUCGAGGACGGCUUCUUCCUCCAGCCCUACCCAGCCAAGAAGAGGCGGGCACUGCUCAAAGCCAUCGGGGUCAAGAAGAUUGACCGGGAGGAGAAGCGGGACCUGCACAGCAUCCGCCUCUCCCGGGAGGACUGUGGCUGCGACUGCCAGGAAUUCUGUGAUCCGGAGACGUGCAGCUGCAGCUUGGCAGGCAUUAAGUGUCAGAUGGAUCACACGUCGUUUCCUUGCGGUUGCACAAAAGAUGGUUGUGGGAACACAGAAGGGAGAAUAGAAUUUAACCAGGCCCGCGUACAGACUCACUUCAUUCACACCAUCAUGAAGCUGGAGUUGGAAAAGAACCAGCAAAGCAAUGAGAGCAGCCUUGAGCCUGAGCCAGCGUUCAGGGAGCGGCUCCACCCCUUUGGGUGUCCCGUGGGCAAGGCAGCCUUUGAAGAAAGGACCGUGCCUUUGACGCCCGUCUUCCAGUUCAACACGGACCUGGAGACCAUGGGCGAGAACAGCUGUAGCAGCGACAUGACGGACUCCUCGAUCUCAUCCAACCAGAGCGAGGAUUUGGAAGAGCAGUACGAGGCUGUCCCGUCCGAAAAGUCGCAGUCGGAUGUUGACGACGACGGUCUGGCCCGCAUCCUCCAUUUCAACGAUUCCGACGCGGAGGAUGACAGCAGCGCUGUCAGCAACUGUCAGGACAACCUGAGCUCUUUCCAUCCGGCCGACUUCUUCAGCACAGAUGUGGAGGACCGGUGCGUGACUAACGCGGCCGAUAAGCCUGGCCCUGGGAACUGUUUGAGCCAUUUGUCCAACCUCACCGAAUGUCUGGAUGAAAACGCCAACCAGGAUGCGAGCUGCUUCUUUGAGGAAGCCUCCACCGGAGCACAGUGUGGGAGUCUCCCCUGUUUCGUGUCCCCCUCAGCAGAGCAGUGCUCCAAGAGCUAUACGGAUCUGAGCCUCUCCUCGGACUCUUUGGAUUUCUUCCAGUCCUUCUCGGACUACAACCUGGGGCCCCUUUAUAACUCCUUGAAGGAGUACGAGAACCUGGACAACCUUUCGGCAUUACAGCUCCAGUUACCGAACUUCCCCAGCUUACCCCAGUCUGGGGACCAGAGCACCUGCUUUUUAGAGUCCCUGAUUGGCUUGUCUGAAUCGGUCCCCGAGAUCCCUGCGCCUUUCACAGACAAUCAACUUCUCGAAGAUGCCAUUAAGUCAUCCCUAAUGGAGACCGUGAAAGUUUAGUUUUCUUCUGAGAGGAGGGGAGGGGAAACCCCCGACAGAAACUAAAAGUGUGUUGUGAAUCUGCAACCCUUCCCGCAAGAGAAGGGAAUGGUGACAACAGAGCUUUCUAAGUGGGGAAAUAUUGUGUUCCUUUUCAGACACUUUUGAAAUACUGCAGCUACAAUCAGUUUUCUUACUGUUUGUGCAAAAACCCUUGGCCUUUUCAUGGCAUGGGGGUGGGGGGUGGGGAGACAGAAGUCAGCUUUGCAAAACUUAACCCAAUUUACCUGCAUUUUGUAUGGGGAAAACAAGACCUCUUGUGAAGUAUUCCUUGCGUUUAACAUUGUGGCUCAUCCACAAAGCACCUUCUGCAAACAUAUUCCAUGUUGGCAGAUACCUUUUCAAACACUUUGGGAAUUAUAUGUAUACAUAUAUAUAUAUUUAUUGUGAAAAUGAUUUGCUUGAGAGUUAGCUCUUGCUUAAUGGGGAGACGUUUACAGAGAGAGAAACCCAUACACUAUUAUAUACAUAAUCAUUUCCCCCCUCUAUUUAUUGCAAAAAUUCCACAGUUUUAAAUAGCCACUGAAGCUUGAACUGAGCAUGGAACCUUAUUUAAAUUAGUAAUACCUCAGAUGUAUUAUGUGUACAAUCAUAUUUUUUACAUAAUAUAUCUGUCAUUAUUUAUUUGUUACAUUUUCAUACCUUGAAUCGUACUGUGGUUUAUCAAGGAGCUGAAAGGCGAAGUGGAUCUUUAGUGGCACAGAUCCAAAGAUGUCAUGAUGUUGGGUGUCCUUUCUUUUUUGUUGAAUAAAACACAGGAAGGGCUUUACUUUCAA